UGUUGUCAGGCUUUGUAUUGCUUUGUAAAUGCAUUGCAUUUUUGCCAUUCAUUUCUAAUUUGGCCAAAAACUGAGCGACAAAUGAAAUGACGAAAUAUUGAGAAACCCUUUCAAACGCCAAACCGAUUGUCACCUAAUAUUGGGUCACAUUUUGGGCCACAAAUACUCACACAUUGUCUCCAAUAAACACAUCAUUUGUUUUCUGUUUCAAUUGGUCUCUCAUUUGGACAAUCAGUCGAUUGAUUGUAUCGUCCGAUCGGUGGACCCAUUAGUGGCGAUCAGAUGGACGAUAUGGUGAGACGCGGUGUCAGCGGCGAUGACGACCAGAUCGCGUGCGGUUACGCCACCGACGACAGCACCGCCGGCACCAGCAGUAGUGGCGACAGUAAUGACAGUCUGGGACUCAAUAUCAUACAAAACCUGGACUUGAUUUAUAUGAACCAAUUGGAGGACAACACGAGUCAGUCGUACACCGAUUCAGUCGACGAGAGACGCCAGUGUUGGCUGUGUUUAGGUCAGGACGAGGUGUCGUCACGGCGUCCGUCAACCUCUUCCCUGUCGUCGGAUGUGUUGCGUUCGUGCGACCAAUGGUUGAGUCCGUGUCGAUGCAAAGGUACGGCCAAAUGGAUUCACAACGAGUGUCUUCAGCUGUGGAUCGACGAGAAGCAAAAGUUGGACACAUCGGUGGCCGUCAAGUGUUCCCAAUGUAACACACAAUACGUACUCGUCUUUCCCCCAAACGUGUCGACGUAUGCGAUGGUGUUGUGUAUUGCGGGCGCCGUAUAUAUGAGUGCAUUUAGUUAUGGUGUUCUCACAUGUCUUCAGAUAAUGGGGGCUGAGAAGACAUCGGAACUGAUCGAGUCGUCGAAUAAGUCGGUGUCACUGAUAGGUCUGCCAUCGAUUCCGUUCAUUCUGUGCGCCGGAAAACUGAUAAAUUGGGAAAAUAUGGUUCUCCGGCUGUGGCGAAGGCAUUACCGCAAAAUCCCGUUGAUAUCGUUCUUCACGGGCCGACCCGCCGAAGGGUUCAACAGAGAGAAUAUGGAACGCAAUCUUCUGGGUCUGGAGAACGCGGUGCAGAUCGAGCGCAACAACGGUGUCAUCAAUCAUAUCGAGAUCAACGUCUCGGGCACUUCCAUCUGCCGCGCCUUUUGCGGCGCUUUACUGCUGCCCACGUUUGCCAAACUCGUCGGACAAUGUCUUUACGAUAGCAUCGAUUCCAAUAUCCAUAAGACUCUUUUGGGCGGCAUAACGUUCAUCGCUGUGAAGGGAGGGCUCAAAAUAUAUUUACGUCAACAGCAGUUCAUUAGACAAACGAAACGCAAAAUUCUUAACUAUAGAGAGUUUGCGGGAAGAGAUGCUCGCAAUUGAAUCACAAAUAUAUAUAUCAAUCAAUCAAAUCCGCCUCUGAAUUGUUUCUGAUAUUUAUUUCAUUGAUUUUUCUUACAAAACAUGUAUUUAUUUUUAUUCUCUCUAUAAAUUGGUUAAAUAGUUAUCAAUACUAACAGUAUAUCAAUAGCUAUAAUACCGUACAAAUUGAUUAAGUUUUUAAUGAUAACAAAUG